AUGACAUCCAAACAAGACGAAAACUUUGAUCUAUACGACGAUCCUUACGCGGCGUCAGCUGGAAAUGGGGGCGCAGAUCCCUAUGCAGAGGAUGAUGAUGACUAUUAUCACAGCAGUCAUGGAGACCGCGGACGAGGAGGCUACAAUGAUGGUGCAGAUGCAAAUGAUGAUCAGUCUCGCUUCCAGAACUCUCGAGAAAAUCAUGACAACAGCUCUCGGUACAAAGCAGACGACUAUGGUGGCUCGUAUGGCCAAGAGAAGAAUCAGCAGAAUCAGUAUCAAGCUCCUGACUCUACUGGUGGCAAGAUGUUUAUUGGCGGCUUGAAUUGGGAAACCACAGAUGAGAGCUUGAAAACAUACUUUUCGCGUUAUGGUGAACUGACAGACUGUAUGGUCAUGAAGGAUCCUAUCUCCAACAAGUCCCGUGGAUUUGGUUUUUUGACAUUUUUGGAUCCAAAGCAUGUAGAUGAUGUGUUGAAGGAAGACCAUUAUUUAGAUGGCAAGAUGAUUGACCCUAAACGAGCUAUUCCACGAGAGGAACAGGAAAAAACGGAAAAGAUUUUCGUCGGAGGCAUUGCGCCAGACGUAACGGAGGAAGAGUUUGCAAACUACUUUUCACAGUUCGGACAUGUCCUUGAUGCCACACUCAUGCUUGACCGUGCCACAGGACGUCCCCGCGGCUUUGGUUUCAUUACCUUUGAGGACGACCGUUGGGUAGAAGCAGCUCUCAGUAGACGUGAUCUCAUGUUGCAUGACAAACCGAUCGAGGUCAAAAGAGCACAGCCAAAACAUCGUGCCGAUACAAGAGGCGGUGGUGGCUUUGGAGGGUCAGGAUACGGUGGUGGUGGGCAAGGAAAUCUUGGCGGCUAUGGUGGCGGCCAAGGCGGCUAUGGUGGUGGAAUGGGAGGCAGCGGACGAAACUAUAGCAUGGAGGCGAUGGGUAUGAUGGGAGGCGCUGGUUUUAAUCCUGGCUUUAGCGGCGGUGCUGGAGGUACAGAUCCUUACCAGACUAUGGGUGCCUAUGCUGCCGCGGCUGCGCGCUAUGGAGCGAACCCAGCCGCAGCAGCCGCAGCCGCAGCACUAGCGCAACGGUAUCGCAUGGCAGCAGCAGCAGCAGCAGCAGCAUAUGGUGGCGCUGGAGGAGCAGGUGCUGGAGGAGCAAAUGCUGGUAUGAACAAUAAUGCUGGUGGAGGUGGUGGUGGAUAUGACCCUACUGUUGCUUUGUCUGCAUUCUAUCGCCAGCAAUUCGGAUAUGGAAAUGCAGCAGGUGGAGCGGGUGGAGGAGCAGGAGGGGGAGGGAAUUCUGGUGGAACCCAAGGGGGCUACAAUGCAAAUAAUACUGCAAGCUAUGGCGACCAAGACUCUGGCAACAAUCAAUCGUCUCAGAGACGGUAUGGAUUGCAAGAUGGAUCUUCCGGCUCUGGCUACAAUAAUAGCGGGGGUUCCCCGUAUGGUGGGAAUGAUUCACGGGGAAGUGGCGGUAGCGGCUACGGCACAGGACGUAACGCAUCUAGUUCUGGUGGGGGUCGUCAGGGUAAUUCUUCUGGCGGUCCCGUGCGUGGUGGAGCUAGUGGCAGUGGAAGUGGUGGUGGCACAUCAUCUUCAGGUCAUGGACGAGGAGGUGGAUCAUAUCAUCCAUACCAACGUUGA